UUCUUUCCCCAGGCGCUGCUACUGAGCGGUGAGUGGCCGUGAUAGGCAGCGUGUAAUAUCUUUAAAUAUUUCAGUCAUCCGAGUGUGGAGCUUGUACUGAAUACCUGCAACCAACUACAUAGUCAGUGAACUACAUAAAAUAUCUAGAUAGGAGGCGCCCAGACGUAAAGAAGGAAUAAAAUUUGCGAGAUAAAAGUGACUACCAGGAGGUAAACAAACCCCACAGGCCCUGAGUGCAACGGGUUGCACCAUGAAGACCAUCAUCACCUCCCAGUCGAUCACCAUUCCCAAGAAUGUGUCGGUCAAGGUGGCCAAGCGGGUGGUCGUCGUCAAGGGGCCCAGGGGCACCCUCCGCCGCUCCUUCAAGGACAUGAAGCUCGACAUGAAGACUAAGAAGGUGAAGAAGGGCACCAUCAUCACUGUCAACAAAUGGUUCGGCAACCGCAAGGAGGUGGCAGCUGUCCGCACUGUGUGCUCCCACAUCUCCAACAUGGUGACUGGUGUGACUGUGGGCUUCAGGUACAAGAUGCGUGCUGUGUAUGCUCAUUUCCCCAUCAACUGUGUUAUCUCCAACAACAACAAGACCGUGGAAAUCCGUAACUUCCUCGGUGAGAAGUACAUCCGCAAGGUUGAGAUGGCUUCUGGUGUCACCAUUGCCGCAUCCUCCAAGAUGAAGGACGAGUUCGUCAUUGAGGGCAAUGAUGUGGAGGCUGUGUCUCAGACUUCUGCACGCAUCCAGCAGAGUACGACUGUCAAGAGGAAGGAUAUUCGUAAGUUCUUGGAUGGUGUAUACGUGUCUGAGAAGGGCCAUGUGGUUGAAGAAGAGUAAAGGAUACCUGCUGUA